AUGACAGUGGCUUUAGACUGCGUUCAGCGGUCUGCUGCCCAAGCGAUGGUGCCAUUGGAGGACAGAUUUGAAGUAAUCAAGGAGAUUGGUGAUGGCAGCUUCGGCAGCGUUGUACUUGCGCGGGUUCGGGGUGCAGGUGCAAGUGUGGCACGGAGAGGAACAAUGAUUGCUAUCAAGACGAUGAAGAAGACUUUUGAUUCCUUUACUCCAUGCCUUGAACUCAGAGAAGUCAUCUUCUUGAGAACGUUGCCGACACAUCCUCAUCUUGUUCCAGCCCUUGAUAUCUUCCUGGAUCCGUUGAGCAAGAAACUUCACAUAUGCAUGGAGUAUAUGGAUGGGAACCUGUACCAAUUGAUGAAAGCACGCGAUCAUAAGUGCAUGGACGGCAAAAGUGUGAAGAGCAUCUUGUUCCAAAUCCUCGCCGGCCUAAACCAUAUUCACGCCCACGAAUUCUUCCACCGAGACAUCAAGCCGGAAAACAUACUCGUGUCGACAUCGGCACCCCACGACUCCUCAGCUUUCAGCAGAUAUUCCGCUCUUGUCACCCCUCCUUCUACGCCACCAACGUAUACGAUCAAGAUUGCAGAUUUUGGUCUCGCUAGGGAAACUCACUCCAGAUUACCAUACACCACGUACGUUUCGACCAGGUGGUACCGAGCUCCGGAGGUUCUCCUGAGGGCCGGCGAGUACUCUGCACCCGUCGACAUCUGGGCUAUUGGAGCCAUGGCUGUCGAAAUAGCCACACUAAAACCACUCUUUCCUGGUGGCAACGAAGUCGAUCAAGUUUGGCGCGUCUGUGAGAUCAUGGGAAGCCCUGGAAAUUGGUACAACAAGUCUGGGACCCGAGUAGGUGGAGGUGACUGGCGGGAAGGGACAAGACUCGCUCAAAAACUAGGUUUUUCAUUUCCCAAAAUGGCACCACAUUCUAUGGAUACUAUUUUACAACCGCCCCAAUGGCCAGCUUCCUUCAGCAGUUUCGUGACAUGGUGCUUGAUGUGGGACCCCCAAAACCGACCCACCUCAGCUCAAGCACUGGAGCAUGAAUAUUUCGCUGAUGCUGUCGAUCCUCUUCGACCCAAGUCCUCGACCGCUCGGUUGCUUGGUCGCAAGCAUUCAGACCUCAGCUUCAAGGUUUCGAAAGAUGGGAUUGAAUCAACAACCUCGUCAACAAAGCCUUCUUGGUUUAGGAGAUCGUUGAUAGCUCGAGACAGCGCCCCUGCUGUGCCUCAGCAUGAUCCGAAUGCGAAGCCGAUCCAGGUAGAUUCCAACCAUGAAUCAGAGUCAGCGGCAUCAAGUAAGGCCAGACCCGUCGUUAACAAGCGCUCGACAUGGGCAAUUGGUGCAUCUCCUACCAUUGGUGCCCCCAUGCCCAUUCUUCCAUCGAUCCGCCCAAUAUCUCCCUUAUCAAACGCGGUGACCGCCCAAGCUAACGGUCGUGUCAAUCCGGGCGGUGAUGUGCGAGCAGGAGCUGUUGAUCAUGCAAGCGAGGAAAAGGCCAGGAAGAUUGGCCGACAGUUGUCGCUGAACUCUCAUGGAAAUCAUUAUGGAGAUGGCCAAGCCGAGAGAGGAUUGAAUGGGACUCGCAGCCCGCUCUCUCCAUUGAGCGCUCACAAGGAAAGCUUCUUUUCCCAUCUCAGGAAACGUGCACGUCGAUUUUCUGGUCGACACGGUGUCACCUCACCCCAGGCCGAUGACAUCGAGGCCAAUGUGCUUGGUGCACCGUGGUCGAACAGAUCUUCGAUCGUUGGUGAACCUAUUGUUCCCGCAGUUGGAUCCGGCAACGACUUUAUAGAGCUUGACAAAGCGCUACAGAGCGUCAGGUAUAGUCUCGAACACCCUUCGAACGAACCUCGAGCACUGCCUGUCGUUCCCUCCCAGUCAUCAAGUCUUAAGCGGCACCAUUCGCUCCGUCAGGUAAACGCUCCUCGCGAUCCUGAGACGACCACUACCGUGACUCCUACUACGAGUCGUACACGAAGAGCGCUACAGAUGUCAUUACAUCCCGUCCAUCGCUAUGAGACUCCGGAAGAAGAGGAUGAGCUUCUUGACGAAGUUCUGGCUUCGGCUAAUGCGGCUGCAAAUAGACUUGCACAGUCCUCAAAGGCGGAAGAGAAGAAGCGUCGAUCAGCGUUAACACAAAGGGACAGCAAUCAUCAAUCCGUGCCGAAGAUCUCCAUCCCGGUUAAGGGGUCGGUUCCUGCCGCGUAUCCUACUCCGUCCCCUUCCGCAAAGAGAAAUGGUGUUUCCUUUGGGCAAAAAUCAACUACAUCCUCGCAACCAGUGCCUAUAGCCAGUAAACGUCCGGACCCUGAAGACGUCGACCCUCAGUGGCCUACACCACCAUACGAAGAUAAUGAAUGGGGAGCCACAGCUGCAGCUAGCAUCUUCGCUGCUGGCCUCGUUUACAAGUGA